GGCUGGAAGCCGCGAGCGAGCGCGCGCGCCCGCGGCUCCUUCCGCUAACUGCCGCUGUUGUCGUCGCUGCGGCUUCUGCCGCUGCCGCCGCCAUGUUGAUGCUGGGCCGCGGGCUGGACGCCAGGGACAACCAGACUCGUCAAGUACGAGAAUCUGUGUCAAAAGUGGAAAAACAUUUUGGUGAAUUGUGCCAAAUAUUUGCAGCAUAUGUACGAAAAACUGCCAGACUGCGAGACAAAGCAGAUCUUCUAGUAAAUGAGAUUCAUGCUUAUGCAGCUACAGAAACACCAAGUUUAAGGAAUGGAUUGAAAAACUUUGCAAAUGAGUUUUCCAAACUUCAAGAUUAUCGCCACGCAGAGGUAGAAAGACUUGAAGCAAAAGUUGUUGAACCUCUGAAAUGUUAUGGGACCAUCAUCAAACUUAAGAGAGAGGAUCUCAAAGCAACUUUAUCAGCAAAGAAUCGAGAAGCAAAACAGCUCUCUCAGCUUGAAAAGACGCGUCAACGAAAUCCAUCAGACCGGCACAUUAUUUCACAGGCUGAAAGUGAAUUACAAAGAGCUUCAUUGGAUGCCACGCGGACAAGUCGGUACUUGGAAGAAACCAUUGACAACUUUGAAAAACAAAAAAUAAGAGAUAUAAAGAAUAUCUUUUCAGAAUUUGUAACAAUUGAAAUGCUAUUCCAUGGGAAAGCCUUAGAAAUUUACACUGCUGCCUACCAAACUAUACAAAAUAUUGAUGAGAAUGAAGACCUAGAGAUGUUUCGGAGUUCACUUUAUCAAACAGAACAUCAGUCUCGUUUGGAUAUUGUCCGUGCAAAUUCAGAGUCUCCCCUCCAGAGGACUGCUUCAUCCAAAUCUUGUCCUGGAAUAGUUCAGCAGAUUUCCAGAAAUCCAUUGAAAAAGGAGGAGGAAGAUGAAGAGUAUGACAAUGAGGAUGAAUAUGAAGAUUAGCAUUAAAACCACCAAGGAAGAAAGCACCUUUGAGACUAGAAAGCGUUUCCCCUGCAAAUUGUUAUUUUUCAUUGUGUUGCUGCUCGGUGAUGGACACAAUUAAGACUAUUCAUUUAAACUACAGUAAAGAAAGAACUGAUCACUG